AUGGUAUCAAGAUACCGAGAUAUAAUUGAAACAAAUCAAACAAAUUUUUCUAGACAACCAUCAAUUAUAAGUACAACACCUAGUAUUCGACAUGGUUCGACUAGUGAGAUAAAUGUAGAUACAGUUAGUAUAAAUGAUUCAACAUCGAUAACAAAUAAUCAAAAUAAUGAUGAAUCAACAGUUAUUGAUGAUAAUAAUGAAGUUAAUAAAAUAAAUUUACAAUCGACUAAUAAAAAUUCAAUCGAUAUAAAUAAUACAAGUGUUACAGCUACUCAAUACGGUAUAUAUGAUGUAGAGAAUGAUUCAACAACAAUAGAUAAAAAUCAAUUAACUGAAUCAAAACUUCCCGAUUAUCCAAAAGCAAAUUUUAAUUCAAAUGAAUCAUCAAUGAAUAUAACAGAAAAAUUAAAACGAGCAUUAUCGAAUAUAGCACCAUUAUUACGUGAUAUAUUUAUAGAAUUUUCACAUAUACUUAUAAAAACAUUAGUUGGUUCAUAUGGACAAGAAUUAUUACCUAAUGGUUUACAUGCACUUAAACCAACAGCAUCAGUUGUUGAACUUAAACAUGCUGGUUUAGCUUUUAUUGAAUUAGUUAAUGAAGGAUGUUUAUUAUCUCAUGCAAGUAAAGAUCAUGUUGUUAAAGUAGCUAAUGAAGCUGAUUUUAUACUUAAUCGUAUGCGUGCUGAUGAUGUACGUAAAGCAAGUGAAUUUGAACAAUUAUCAGCACAAACAACUGUUGAACGUAAAUCAGAAGAACAAUUAUGUGAACAUUUUAUAACAGCAGCAAGACAACGACAUCAAGUUAUAGCAUUA